ACAGGCCGACACCAGAGAACUAGAGAAGCCCACCUCCCACUCCUUUCUUCCAAGCUGUGCCAAAGGGAGGAUGAGCCUGAUGGGCAGAAUUCAAAUGAGCUGGACAGCGCUGUGAAGGAGCUGCAGGCAGCCCCCAGAGCCUUGAGAUGGCACCAAAAACCAAGAAGGGAUUGAAAGGCUCCAUCGAUGAUGUCCUUGGUGACCUCCUGGGAGAUGAGACGACACCGCCCGAGAAGCCUGUUAAACUAGCUUCACGUGCCAGAGACGCCACAGGUGCAGCUGAGGCGCUCCCUCCCUCAAGGGCGAGAACAAAGUCCCUCUUGGAAGAUGAUGCCUUCAGCACCAGGGCAGGCUUGGCAGGAGCUGAUGCUGAGGUUUCAGACAUCUCCGAUGCAGACCCGCAGGCCCUGCUCCAGGCCAUGAAGGAUCUGGAUGAAAUGGAUGCUGAUCUCCUGGGUCUGAAGAAGUCUAAUCUAGCCUCAAGCAAAAGGUCUGCAAAGGGUUCUGGGAAAGAAGAGCAGCCUAGCCCUCUUAAACCUGCUGGUGUGUUAACAGCCAGUGAGAAACGAGAUGCCAUUCCCACCAAGAAGCUAUCUCCCUCUCCCAGCAGCCUUGGGCAUCAGUACAGGAAGUUCUCCUUCGAAGACUUGGAAGACCCGUUGGCAGAACUUCUCUCUGAUGAUGAGGAAGGAAUCGCCAAGAAGCUGCCGGGGACGGAGAGUAAAACAGCUUCCGUAAAGAGCCCCGCCCCGGCCAGAGAUCAAGGGCCCUCUAUCCCUCUAACUCCUGGGAACACUCCGGUCCGAAAGAAAGAAGAGUUGCUCUUUGACGAUGGGGACGACAUCAUGGCCACCCUGGGGUUUGGAGACAGCCCCAAAGCAGAGAGGAGGCACACGGGAGACCAGUACCUGCCCUAUGUCCCAUCCUGCAGGGAGGGGCCCCUCCCUGCCCGCUCCAAGCUGGAUGAGCUGCUGGGUCGGGGCACUGCCGCCAAACUCCUGGCCCGUCCGGGCACCGGGGAGCACAGGGAAUUCAAGCUAGACAAGAAGUAUCAGCGGCCACAGGACAAAGAAGACACUGGGGGUGACGAGGACUUCACCUUUGGGGCCUAUCAGCCCACCGUGGGCUCCUCCGAGGGCCGGCAGUCCCGCCGGCAGUCCGUCAGUAGGUUCUUUGAAGGCGGCACAGACCCCAAGGGAGAACCAGGCUCCAGACAGAGCACCCCAGCAGCAUCCAGCCCCACCCAGCCCAGGAGGGGAGGUGCCGACUGGCUGGGCCUCAAGGACGAAGGCUUGGACCUGCUCCCUCCCUCCCCGACCAGGGAGGCUCGGAGGGGACCCCCUCCCGCCAGCCAGCAUUCUGCUCCCAGCCGCCACUCUGCCCGGGCCGGGCUGCCCUCCUUGGGGGCGAAGCCACCAACCGAGGGUACCGGUUCUCCUGCCAAAGGCAGCCAGCCUUCCCAGCCAGGAGCGUCUGAGAAGGAGGAGGAGGGGGACUGGCUGAGCCACGCCCUGUCUCGGAAGAAGUCCCAGGGUCUGGCCAGAGAGGAGCACGACGCAGCCUGUAAGGGCCAGCACUCGGUAGGGGCGCUGCCUUCCGACAGCCAGCCUGCUGCCGGCACCCAAGGGCUCGAGCCAGCAGCCGCCGGGGGGACCCCAGGCACGGCAGCACAGAGGCCGCCUGCCCGGCCUGCCGCCUCAGGGUCCCCCGUGACUUGGAACCCCGCUGCCUUGGCCCUCCAUGCAGGUGACCCAAAGAGGGGAACAGCCCCUGGAGAUUGCUCCGGCACUGAGGCUGCAGUUGGUUUCCCAGGCUCCCAGGAACCCCCAGGGCUCUCUGUGCCUGUCCAGUGCCUGCUUCCAGAGUCCCUGGCCUGGAGCCUGCUGCCCGGCUCCGAAUACCAGCAGCAGCUCCUGGCGGCACAGGCUCAGCUUCAGAGGGGCACUGCCGAGCUCCAGGCCGACCUCCUGCAGAGUCAGGCCCGGCUGGCGGAGCUCGAGGCCCAGGUGCGGAAACUCGAGCUGGAGCGGACACAGCACCAGCUGCUGCUGGAAAGUUUGCAGCAGAGGCACCAGGCAGACCUGGAGCUCAUCGACAGCGCCCACAGGAGCCGAGUCAAGGUGCUAGAAACAUCGUACCAGCAACGGGAAGAGCGGCUGCGGAGAGAGAACGAGGAGCUGUCUUCCCAGUACCUGUCGCGCUGCCAGGAGGCCGAGCAGGCCCGUGCCGAGCUCACAGCCCAGCACCAGCGGCGCUUGGCGGCCACCGCGCAGGAGAAGGACCAGGAGAUGGAGCGGCUCCGGGAGCUGCAGCGGGCCUCCAUCCUGGACAUGCGCAAGGACCACGAGGAGCAGCUGCAGCGGCUGAAGCUGCUGAAGGACCGGGAGAUCGACGCCGUCACCAGCGCCACCUCCCAUACGCGGUCCCUGAAUGGCAUCAUCGAGCAGAUGGAGAAGUUCUCCAGCAGCCUGCACGAGCUGUCCUCCCGCGUGGAGGCCUCGCACCUCAGCACUGCCCAGGAGCGGGAGCUGGGCAUCCGGCAGCGAGAUGAGCAGCUCCGAGCGCUGCAGGAGAGGCUGAGCCGGCAGCAGCGGGACAUGGAGGAGGAGCGGAGCCGGCUCCAGGAGGUCAUCGGGAAGAUGGAGGCGCGCCUGAGCGAGCAGAGCCGGCUGCUGGAGCAGGAACGCUGGCGGGUGAACGCCGAGCAGUCCAAGGCCGAGUCCACGCAGCGCGCUCUGGAGGAGCAGAGGAAGGUCAUGGUCCAGCAGAUGGCCAUGGAGCGGGAGGAGCUGGAGAGGGCCAAGAGUGCCUUGCUGGAGGAGCAGAAGUCCGUCAUGCACAAGUGUGGGGAGGAGCGGCGGCGCCUGGCGGCCGAGUGGGCCGAGUUCUUUGCACAGCAGAAGCUGAGUAAGGAGCGGGCCGAGCGUGAGGCGGAGCGGGCGCUGCAGGUGGACACCCAGCGGGAGGGCACCCUCGUCAGCCUGGCCAAGGAACAGGCAGAGCUGAAGAUCAGGGCGAGCGAGCUCCGGGCCAAAGAGGACCAGCUGGCGGCCGAGAGGGAGGCUCUGGAACAGGAGCGCCAGGAGCUGCGGCUGGAGAAGGAGAGGGUCGGCGCCGCCGCCCAGCGCAUCAGGCUGCGCGCUGAGGAGGUGGAGCGCAUGAGCCAGGUGGCCUCGCAGAAGUACGAGGAGGGGGAGCGAGCACUGCGCGAGGCCCGGCAGGUGCAGUCGGAGCAGCAGGCCCGGCUGCAGCUGGUGCAACAGCAGCAGGAGCGGCUGCGGCAGCAGGAGCGGCACGUGCACCAGGAGCAUCUGAGUCUGGCCCAGCAGCGGCUGCAGCUGGAUCGUAUCCGACAGGACCUGCCCUCCGGGCCCGUGGGGCUGCUCUCCAGGGCCCAGGGCCUGGCAGCCUCUGGCCUGAGUGCCAUCGUGGCUCCUGCCCCCCCCACUCCUCAGUGCAGCCAGCUGCCAGCCGGCCUGGGCCCCUCGCACCUCCACGCCAAGCUGGUGCUGCUGAAACACACAGCUGAGCAGGACCGUGACUUCCUGGAGAACGAACAGUUCUUCCUGGAGACCCUGAAGAAAGCCUCCUACAACAUGACGUCGCAUUCAGCCUGAAGGCCCCACUGCCUCCUCAGCAGAGGCCUGACUCUAGAACCGCCCCACUGCCCGCUGGCCGCCAGCGCCGAGCAGGGGCGUCGGGGAGAGCCCUGCAACGCCCAGGCCCUGAUUACAGCUCUUCCCGUGGACGGGGUGCCAGCGCCUUCUUUCCGACGCUCCGGCCCGCGCGGGGGCAGGCAGGCAGGCGCCCCCGUGCCUCUCAGACUCCCCAGGAGGCAGCAGCCUCUGGGGAGACGCGAGGCUGAGGCCGUCUCAGCCCCACGACACCGUCAGCGACAGCACCGGUGCUCCUGCCCCGCAGACGUCCGGCUCGGGGCCCAGCGUCAGACUGGGCUCUGGGGACCCCUCGGCCCCUCAGCCCAUCGAUGGUCUGGGGAUCUUUUCGCCUGGGCCUCUUCUGAGGCGGGGGGUCUUCUCGACUCCCUUGCCACAAGGAGGCUGCUGCCCUCCCUGCCUGAGAGGCCAGCAGAGGGAGCGCCGGGUCUCCUCCCUGAUGGGGACGUAGAGUCAGGCCGCAAGUUUUCAAGAGCCUUCUAGCCUCCUGGCGGAGGGGGCGGGAGGUGCUGCAGGGGCAGGGAGGGCGCCGUGCCCGGCGGCUUUUACCUCACAGACUGACCUGCCCUUGGGACUCAGCCAGCCCUCCCUGCUCCCAGGCUGGUGCACAAAGCCCCCGCCUCGUUCCCAGCUGCCGGGGCAGCGGACUCGCUAGCACAGAUGCUGGCCUCAUCGGCUUCUUCUAAUGCGCUCCCCAGAGGCAAAGAGGGGGCUGCGGGUGACAGUGGGGUGUAGGGAGGGACAGAAGCUUUUCUCCAUGCUGUUCACUUGCCACAAAACCCCGACCAGUGGGAACGAAGAUGACAGCGAGAGCCCCUGCCUGGGAGGAUACAGAGCGCCGAGGACCAUGAGGGGCCGCACCCCGGCCGCUGUCCCGGGUGGGGGGCUCUGCCCUUCUCCACGUGUGGGCAGAGGGCCAAGGCCAGCCAGAGGGGUGCCAGGACAGGGGUGGGAGGAUUGGUAGUUGUCUCCUGCAGACCCAAGGACUCAACUAAAAAAUUCACAAUUAACCUCUAGAGCGGCUUCUCUCACCUCCCAUCAGAGGGGACCGUCUGGGGAGCAGGAAGGUGGUGGAGGAGAGGGCAAUGCCGAGUGGGGUGUGAGCGGGCACAGGUGCAUCUCUGCUCUUUUAGAACAGCUUUCAGAGGGAGCUCAUUUAUAUACAGCCUCUUGGACCCACUAAAUUGCUAUAUUCUUCUCUUUUUUUUUGGCCGUGAGGCUUGUGGGAUCUUAGUUCCCCGACCAGGGAUUGAACCCAGGCCCUCAGCCGUGAAUGCGCACAGUCCUAACCACUGGACCACCAGGGAAUUCCCUAAAUUGCAAUAUUCUUAAUGAUUGGAUUCUUAGAAUUUGCCAUGGCUCAUCAGAGUUUGAACCUAUUUCUUGGAAACGUUUGCUCUGUAGGGCUGUUAUUUGCUGUAAAACUGGCCAGGGCUGGGACUCUCCAGCCCCAUACUCCCCUGGCUGGACCACAGGCAGGAGAAGGGUGUGAUUGUCACCCCUACUUCGCAGAUGAAGGGACUGAGACUCAGAGGUUAAAUAAUCUGCCAAAGGUGAUGCAGCAAAUAGCAGAACCUGAUUUGAGUUCUGCUUGGACAGAUUCCAAAGCCCCAGGCGCUCAGCCACAUCACCGCUGGCUCCUUCUAGAAAAGCGUGCUGCACACGGUGCUUCUGUGAAGUAGAAGAUCCCCAAGCCGCUGCUUGGGGUGGUGCCCACACAGAGGAGGGACGCAUUCGUGUCCCAUUUAGAAGCCUUGUUGAAGCUUGGAAUUCAAUCCUCUCAACACACACUUAACGAAUUCCCACCUGUGUGAAGGGCCGGAGGUGGGUCUAAGGUUGGGCACAGCCUGGGAGCAGCUGGCAUUUAAGCAGUCACCUGACAGGUAUGUGGGUGAUCACAGGCACAUGUUGGGGGAGGGUGCAGGGAGACCCAACGGGAAUGAGUUUAGAAUUAGGGGGCAGGUCGACGAGGCUCUGUAUACCUUGUUAAAGUUUGAAUUUUUAUCUUCAGGGCAAAUGGGUGUUCAUUGAAGGGUUUUAAACAGGGUGGAACCAUUUUUGUGUUUUAGAAAAACUACUGUGGCUUUGGGUGGAGAACAGACCGACCAGAGCGGGCAGGAGUGGGGACAGGGAAGCAGGCAGAAGGCUGUCUGCCGUGGUAUUGGGGAGACGGGAAAGCACUGCGCCGGGCGUGGCACUGAGGGACCUGGUGCCUGACAUGCAGGCAGGGUCAGGAAAGAAGACGUGUCGAGGCGGACCCCCAGGUUGCUGUCUUGGGCAACUGGGUGCCCAUGGAACAGCCAAGUAGACACAUCCCACAGGCACUUAGUUACGAUGACACAUUACCCAGUGUAACUGCUCUGGAUCCCUGUCACUGGCGUUAAGGUGUGGCAGGUGGCUUACACACCCCCUUUUCAUUAACGUUCUCCCACGCCACAGGCGGGAGACAGCUGCACACAGGAGUGAGUGUUCUGUAUCUGCUGAUCUUUCAAAUUUUCCCUUCAAAAUUAUAAACAACUCCUCAAGGUCAUAACCCAGAUGUUCCCUGUAGAAAGAGAAAUACUGGUGGAAAGUAAUGAUGAUCAAAGACACUGGCUGGGCUAAUACUUCCAGUUUCAAGAGUUAUUCAUGUUUAUUAUUUGCCUCAAGUUGAUACAAGUGGGAAUCCCUGCUAGGCCUUUCAAACAGUUAAAAUCCCAGCAAGCCCCAUUCUUAGAGGGUUCUAGGACAGCGAGAGAACAGGAAUGUUUUUCAAAAGUAAGGAAUAAUGGAGAAAUAACAGCCAUCUGAUUGACCAGCAAGCCCUAUGCCUCUGCCCCGGAGGUCCCAUGAGUCUUCAUUUCUAGAGGGGCAGGCUGGGGUGGGGGUGGGUUUAGAGGCAUGUAGAAGAGGAUUCAGAAACAAAAGGAGAAGAUAAAAUAGCAAAGGAGGCCAGAUUUAAACAAAUGCAGGACAUUAAGAAUAUAGGAACCCCUGUGCCCCUCCCGGCCUGAGGCACAGUCCUGGUCUGCCCACAACCUUCAGCUCUGCUCUUCGAUCAGCAGAAUUUCACAAAUUAAUAAGCAAUGCCUCCAGGAACUUCCCUGGCGGUCCAGUGGUUAAGACUCCGUGCUUCCACCGCAGGGGGUGCGAGUUAGAUCCCUGGUCGGGGAACUAAGAUCCCACGUGCCAUGCGGCGCGACCAAAAAAAUAAGUAACAUCUGAAUAAAAAUGAAAAUAUAAAAAAUAAUAAAAAUAAGCAAUGACUCCGUGAGGGCAGGACUGGGUCCUAUGGGCCUUAACAUAUAGUAGCUGUGCAUUGAUGGGUGAAUUGGCAGUGACAGUGAGUUUAGCUGUUUGGCUGCUGUUUAUGAAAGCCAAAUUCAAGGUGUGGCCACUUCCUGCUGGAUUAAGAGACCCCUCAUGCCAUUUCAGUGUGAAUGUGAGGGUCAAGCUUCUGCUAGUACCAGAGCAACUGAAUGGGUCAGCAGCCCUGGUUGAGACAUCAGGGAAGGCUUCCUGGAGGGACCACUUCACAGGGUCUAGGAGGUAGCCAAGCAACAGGGGGAAAGGUAAGGAGUGCAAGGCAGAGUAACAGCAUGUGCAAAGGUCCGGUGCCAGGGGGAGAAAAGUGCUGAGUAAGUGAAAAAUGUGAAACCGAGUCCCUGUAAAACCGUGUUCCCUUACCGAGUUUAUGAUUAAUCUCUCUAUCCAAAACUUUAUUCCCUUUCUUGUCUCCUCUGAUCUCAAUCCUGUGCUAACUGAACAGUAAUCAACCAGAGUCAGAUGACUAAAACUGCUGCUGUUGAUAACAUCGUUAAUGUACUAAAAUUGCUAUUAUUAUAGAUAUCGCCGUUAAUGUGCAAACUCAGGCCUUUUCUCCAGGGCAAGAUGAGCUAACAGACCCCCAAGCCAUGGACCACCUGGCCAGAGAGUCGUAAACCAGAAACAUCCUGAUUCCCAAAACUUCGAUUAAGAAAUGUAGGGGGCUUCCCUGGUGGCACAGUGGUUGAGAAUCUGUCUGCCAAUGCAGGGGACACUGGUUCGAGCCCUGGUCUGGGAAGAUCCCACAUGCCGCGGAGCAACUAGGCCCGUGAGCCACAAUUACUGAGCCUGCGCGUCUGGAGCCUGUGCUCCGCAACAAGAGAGGCCGCGAUAAUGAGAGGCCCGCGCACCGCGAUGAAGAGUGGCCCCCACUUGCCCCAACUAGAGAAAGCCCUCGCACAGAAACGAAGACCCAACACAGCCAUAAGUAAAUAAAUAAAUAAAUAAAAUAAAAACCCAAAGUUUAAAAAAAAAAAAAGAAAUGUAGGGACUUCCCUGGUGGUCCAGUGGUUAAGACUUCGCCCUCCAAUGCAGGGGGUGCGGGUUCCAUCCCUGGUCAGGGAGCUAAGACCCCAAAUGCCUUGCAGUCAAAAACCAAAACAUAAAACAGAAGCAAUAUUGUAACAAAUUCAAUAAAGACUUUAAAAGUGGUCCAUAUUAAAAAAAAAAAAUCUUAAAAAAAAAAAGUCAAAAAACGAUGAUUAACUCCAGCUUCCUUUUUCCUCCCCUAAAAAAAAAAACACAAAACUCAAAGACCAAGUUGGGGUGGAUCUGAGGUUUGUCUCCCACUCCCUUGCUUGGUGCCCUGCAAUAAAUCUACUCUGCUGCAAA